AUGCCAUACGAUUGGAGGACGAGACGGACGGCAAAAUUCUCCAUCGAGGCUCGAUCUCUUCUUUCUCGGAGGGUUGAUACGAUUUUGGAUUGCCUACGAAGGAUUCGCCAGCGGGCAGCCGAGUGCACAUCUUGGGAUACGAUCAUCGCUUCCGCACCUCAACUACCGCUGCCUGAACCUGAUCCCCUCGAUACGGAACUGAUAGAUGGACCCAAGAUCAGUGAUGAAAGCGACUCGUCAGAGAACUGGGGAUUCGAGGACUCUGACGUGGAUUCUCCAACGGGUAGCGAUACAAGGACAGUGGAGGUCGAGGAGAAGCAGGAACAUAUCCCGACACCAAAUUUCCUCACUACACCUUGGGAAGAAACAGUACUUUGCGAUCUUACAACGAGCAUCAUGAAAAUAGAGGCACACAGUCAGGACACAGCAUCGCUAUUGCUCUAUAAGAACGGUGCGACGGAACAUUGGGUUCUAAAUCAGUGUGCUCAGACCGAUUCCCAGGCCGCACCAACACUCCUAAGCGAUUUCCUAGAGCUGCACCCCAUCCUGACGCUUCCCACCCCAAGAUCUUCUUGUUCGUCCUCGUCUUACUCAUGUUACUCUUCUUCCGAAGAAGACUCCAGCAGCGACCUCCGCGCGGACGGAAACAGCUGCGAUUUUUCGCGAAAUGGUGAUUCCGAUUCUUGCCUCCAUAGCCUGCCAGAAGUGGAGGAAAUUUCGGCCACACAGCUCGCCAAACUGGGCCAAUUGAUUCACAACAUCGAAAGGUUCAGCCAGUACCUCAACUCAAGUCUCGACAGAGAACGCAAAUCGCGUCGCGUCCAGGAUGAGCGGUGGAGUCUUCGGGAAUCUGACGGAAACGUGGCUGCACUCAUGAAGUCUCGCGGCUACACCAGCCCACUCCGUCAGUGCAUCACGGUUGAUGAACAAUGGCCUUCGGAAUGGGACCUCCUUUCUCCAGAGAUACGGCCAUUUUAUGACAAAUAUACCCCUACACCGAAGGUCGAGCCGAUCAAACCCAAGAAGAAGGCCAGGGAGCCUCGUUGGUAG